AUGUUCAUCGUGAUUUAUCUGCAACUGCUGAUGCUGUGUGUGCAAGUAUUCCUGCAUCCCGCCCAAAAAAAUGAAGAAGAAGACGAUGAUAUCCUUCCUUACCCGAAUAAAAUAAUUCGAAACAAAACUAUAGAAGAGCAAAAUGAGGAAGCCACCAAGGAGUAUUGGAACAAUGAAGCUACCAAAGUCCUGAAGAGGAAAUUAUCGGCGAAUUUAAAUAAGAACGUUGCUAAAAAUGUGAUAUUUUUCCUGGGCGACGGCAUGUCUAUACCUACUAUAGCAGCAACCAGGAUGUAUCUAGGAGGUGAGGAAGAGCAGCUCUCUUUCGAGAAAUUUCCCUAUACCGGACUCUCUAAGACCUACUGCGUGGACCACCAGACAGCAGAUUCGGCUUGCUCUGCUACAGCUUAUCUGGGAGGAGUGAAAGCCAAUCUGGCUACAAUUGGAGUAUCGGCGGCCGUUAACAAGAGAAAUUGCUCGGCAAUGAACCGCAAAGAGAACCAAGUCGACUCGAUAGCGAGGCUGUUCCAACUAAAAGGCCGCAGAACCGGCUUGGUCACGACCACCAGGGUGACCCACGCCUCUCCAGCAGGUGUAUACGCCCAUACAGCGUAUAGGCGAUGGGAAAGCGAUACAUCAGUGAUGAAAUCAGAACACGAUCCUAAAGAAUGCAGGGACAUCGCCUAUCAGCUGGUAUUCGGCGAAACCGGCAAGAACCUCCAAGUGAUCCUGGGAGGAGGCAGGAAAAACUUCCUCCCGACCGAAGAGACCGACGAAGACAAUCAACCCGGCGCCCGAUCGGACCACGCGAAUUUGAUAAACGAGUGGAUCAAGCAAAAGCGAUCGCUCGGCGCGAAAUACGAAUACGUCUCCGACAGGCAGCAAUUGCGGCGCGUCCGCAACGACACCGAGUACCUGCUGGGGUUGUUCGACAACGGUCACAUGCGCUUCAACCUGGAACGGGACCCGGAGCGGCAGCCGUCGCUGGAGGAGAUGACCGAGGCGGCGAUCAGAACGCUGCAAAAGGGCCCGGAAGGGUUCUUCCUGUUCGUCGAGGGCGGCCGCAUCGACUCGGCGCACCACCUGAGCUCGCCGCACAAGGCCUUGGACGAGACCGCGGAGUUCUCCAAGGCGGUGCAAAAGGCCGUCGACAUGACCGACGAGCGGGACACGCUGAUUGUGGUCACGGCCGAUCACGCGCACACCAUGAGCUACGCGGGCUACGCCCAGCGUGGCAGCCAGAUUUUCGGGUACGGCGGCAAGGCCAUGGACGAUGAUCUGUACCCCAUUUUGAACUACGCCAACGGGCCUGGAUACAGGGUUAUGGACGGCGGAUUGAGAUUCGUGCCUUCCGAGAAUCAAAUGAGUGAAGUAGGUUUUCAAUGGCCGUCGACGACGCCCUUGGCGUCCGAAACCCACGGCGCCGAUGACGUCGGGAUCUUCGCCAGGGGCCCAUGGGCACACCUCUUCAGCGGAGUAAUGGAGGAGAACGUGACCCCUCACCUGGUGGCUUUUGCGGCUUGCGUCAGCAACGAAGUACCUUGCGAUAACUUCAGGAAAGAAGCUUAG